AUGGCUGUGGCCAGACAGGACAUGGCGCCUCUUCGACGAGAUUCGCCUCCCCGUAAUGGCUUUGCACCACCAGAUGCAUCGGUCCAACCCACCGAAGAUACACCAUUGAUCAACAAAAAGUCCACAGAGGCACCAUCCAACACUCACUUUCGAAACAUAUCACGCACUCGCUUCAUCGUUCUCUUCCUGAGUAUAAUGUUUGGGUGUACCAUUGCGUUUUUCGACUCGACACUCAUGGCCUCCUCUCAUCCAGUCAUCACGUCCUAUUUCCACGCAUCAAACGCGGCAUCUUGGCUGAGCACCGUGUUUUACCUAUCUUCGACCGUCUUCCAGCCGCUCUAUGGUCGAGUGUCUGACACCAUUGGACGCAAACCGGUCGUUUUCUUUGCGGCGAGCAUGUUUCUCGCAAGUACUGCCUGGUGCGGGUUCGCGGGUAACAUUGGCAGCUUCAUUGCCGCGAGAGCGGUCUGCGGUUUGGGAGCCGGAGGGGUAAUGUCCAUGUCGGCUAUAUUGACGAGUGACAUUGUCAAGAUUGAAUACCGAGGGAUUUACCAAAGCUAUUUCAACAUGUCAUGGGGCUUGGGCAACGGUCUCGGUGCCGUCUUGGGUGGACUGCUCUGUGACAAGCUGGGUUGGCGAGCCGCGUUCUAUGUCCAGCUCCCUUUCAUCUUAAUAUACGCUAUAUUGACCUUGGUCUUUUGCCCCUCCAACCUGGGACCGAAUCUCGCAAAGACUCAAGGCAAAUCGCUCCGACAAGCAUUCAAAACCUUUGACACUCUCGGAGCCAUUACACUCACGACAACCGUCACCUGCCUGAUCCUGGGGGUGAAUCUAGGUGGAAACGUCUUCACGUGGACACAUCCGCUGGUCAUCACCAGUCUUGUACUCUUCGCAGUCGCGGCCGUCUCUCUCUAUUUCGUGGAGAGAAAGGCCCAACUUCCAAUGCUGCCGCUGAAAUUUCUCAGCACACGACCAAUGGGCAAUCUGAUGUGGAUGAAUUUCUUUGGUGCCAUUGUCACAAACACGGUCCUCUUCAACGUUCCGUUGUAUCUUCAGGCCGUAAAGCAAACCAGUCCGACCGCCUCCGGCUUGAAUCUUCUCAUCCUCUUGCUGGGCGGCACGGCCUCGGCGCUUUUGUGUGGCCUGUACAUCACUCUCACACGGAAGAUGAAGCCGCCGAUGGUCUUGGGCUUAUUUAUAAUGCUCGGCGGAACGAUAUGUGUGACUUGUUUAUCCGCCGACACGCCAACGUGGUCGGUGCCAUUCCUCAUCCCGUUCUGUUCAAUCGGCCAAGGUCUGUCCUUCCCGGCAACUACGAUUGCCUCAUUGGCAUUGAACUCUCAAGACGAACAGGCCGUGGUGACGACUACUCUGGGAUUACUGCGGAAUCUGGGUGCGAUUCUCGGGGUUGCCAUUAGUAGUUGGAUCCUCCAGAACGCAUUGCUCCUGUACCUGGACCGUCUGGUCACGGCUCCGGACGAACUGACCAAAGAAAACAUCAUACGAGCAGUGAGGGAAUCGGUCCAUGCCAUCAAAAACCUCGAUCCGGUGCAUAAACGACAAGUCAUCGAAGCGUACGCAAACAGUAUCCGCGUGACUUUCUCCAUGGCGAUAGUCAUCAGUGUUGUUUGCAUUGUGAUGAUAUCGCCUGUGCAUAUCCCGAAUUUGCAGCGUCAGGAGGAUUUGGACAAGGCGGGUACCGAGUAUUCGGGGUCUGAGUCUGAGUCCGAGUCUGAGGGUGACGGUGGUGGCGACGAGAGUGAGAUCGCGGUCCUCAAUUCACCCAGUGAGCCUCUGUCACGCAGUCUCACUGCGAGUUCGAGGAGAAGCAGAGCUGCAGCGUCGUCAUCGGUCGCGGGAUCAAUUCCAACAACAAGAGAAUAUGAUCACCACAGCCUUGAGAGGAGACCGAGUUUCGACACAAGUUUUUCCAUGUGA